AUGCUCCGGCCGACGCGCGUGAUAUCCAAUUCCCGGCGACUGCACCCAAGAACUCCUUCUUUCUCAGUCAUAUGUAUUACCGAGCGUAUACAAAAGGAGAGAAAAGACAGUGUUUGUGUCUUUACUGCUAAGAGAGAAGCUAGGUUCAGUCUGUCAGGGUGCUUUGCUCGUGUGUGCCUAAUUAAUCUCAUAUUGCAGAAGACAACACCUAGUAUAUAUAUAGCAUCGCCGUAUUCCUCAACAGGGAACCAAGCAGGCAAUCCAGUCACUCACAUCAAAUAUCAAGUAGAAGAAGACCUCGUUCUUCAAAAACAUAAGACGACAGUCAUGGAUGAGAAAUCUAUCCAUCCUUUCCCUAACAAUGAUGGUGUAGUUGAAAUUUCAAGGACACUGAGAGAGGUUCCACCUAGUGAUUACCUAUUUCAAAUCAAAUCAUUCUCAUUGCUUUCCAAGGCAGAUGAGAAAAGAUUUGAAUCGAGUGACUUUGAAUCAGGUGGUUACAAAUGGAAAUUGUGUCUAUAUCCGAAUGGAUACGAGAAGGAAAAUGGGAAAGGGCAUAUCUCUCUCUACUUGGCAAUAUCAGAGACAGAUACAUUACCUCUUGGUUGGGAGGUCAAUGUCAAAUUCGAAUUGUUUGUGUAUGAUCAUAUCCGAGACAAGUACUUGACCCUCCAAAAUGCUGAUGGGAGACUAAGACAUUUCCACAGGUUUAAGACGAAGUUCGGUUUUGCCAAAUUACUUUCCAUUGACACUUUCAAAGAUGCUUCUAACGGAUACCUUAUUGAUGACUCCUGUGUGUUUGGAGCUGAGGUUUAUGUCAUUAAAUCUACUGGCAGAGGAGAGUGUCUUUCUUUGAAGGAGGAAACUUAUGACAAUAGUUACUCUUGGGAGAUCAAAAAAAUUGCAGAAAUAAAAGAGGAGCGUUUGUUCUCUGAACCUUUCACCAUUGGAGAGCACAAAUGGAAGAUACAUGUUUAUCCCAAAGGACAAGGCAGUGGACAGGGCAAAAGCUUAUCUGUCUUUCUAUGUUUAGAUAAUUGCAGAUCCCUUCCAACCAAGGUAAAAUUGUAUGUGGAAUUUAGCGUCUUGGUAAAAGAUCAAGUCAACGGCAAACACCGCGAAAGGAAAGGUGAUGGUUGGUUCUGUGACCUAAGCAAAAGCAGGGGUUUCGAUCUAAUUUCUCUUCCUGAUCUGCAUGACAAAUCAAAGGGCUUCGUAGUACGAGAUAGUCUGGUUGUUGAAGUACAAAUUCACGUGAUGUCUGAUGUGGAAGAGUUCUCCUCCAAAAAGCCUCUGCUUGCUUUAUGAACACUGUUUAUAUAGGUGAUGCUCCGAAAGCCAACGUUGUUCCUUCUUUUAUUAAGUACCUUGCCAGUGACCAUUUUCAAGCGAUUAUAAUUGUUACCUCAUCUUAGUCAUCUACCUAGAAAAAGGAAAAGUAUAUUGGAACCUUGUUUGUUAGAUACUCUUUGAGCUCGUUUG